CGUAUCCAGUCACCAUAGAUAGGUAAAGAUAGAACUCGAAAGAUAGAACACCCCCACUCACCAUGGGGGUGAAGUUCUUGUGGUCGCUGCUGGAGGACUACAGCCAGAUCUACCAGGACAUCCACUUCAGGGACAGCAAGCUGGUGGUGGACGGCACUAACCUGGCCUUAUGCCUGUACUACAGGUCCAACCUGGACCAGAACCACGGCGGGGAGUACCUGGCCUAUCAGGUCCAGGUCCAGGCUCUCUUCACGGCUCUAGGUGACUGUGGAAUCAAACCGUACGUGGUGAUGGACGGAGGCACGGGCGCCAGUGACAUCAGACUUAACAUCAGAGCGGACCGUCAAAGAGGCCUUCUCCGGAGUGCCCAGGACGCCGCUCUAACGGGCAGUAAGGCGGGCAUCCUCCCCCCCAUUACCACGACAGUGUUCGAACAGACCCUGAACGACAUGAAGGUGCCGCUGGUCAGGUGCUUCGGAGAGGCCGACGGCCAGCUGGCUGCCCUGGCCAGAGAGUGGUGCUGCCCGGUGCUGUCUGAAGACACUGACUUCUACAUCUACGACCUUCCAGAGGGGGUUCUUCCCCUCAGACACUUCCAGUGGGACUCAUGGAAGACGAGACAGAACAGGAGUUACAUCCCCUGCAAGCGAUACACCACGGCCAGCUUCUGCACCUUCUUCAACAUCGACCGCCGGCUCCUGCCCGUCUUCGCCUCGUUGGCCAAGAACAACAAUGUCAACCUCAGAGAAAUUAACUGGGUCCAAUUCAUUCCAGCGGGAAGACCUGCAAGUUGGAUGUGGGUCGCCCGCCUGGAGGGCCUCCUGAGUUGGCUGGGAGCCAGGAAAGACCAGACAACAGAAGACAUCUUGACAGCAGCGAUGAAACUCCUACCAGACAUGAGUCAACAGACGGAGGCACAGACGGAGGUGCAGACGGAGGUGCAGACGGCCAUGCUGGAGUACCAGCUCCCCAGCUCCUCUCUGCGGGGGUUCUUCAGUGAGGGGACCGCACCGUCGCUGCCCGCUGAGAUGUUGAGCUGGGCCCCAGAGUGGGUCCGUGUGUCCCUGGCCAGAGGAGACCUGGGGGCUGACGUGUUUGUGCACAGGCGGAAGAUUCUCCGGAACCAGGUGGAGCACAGCGCGCUACAGAGCUCAAACCUUACCUCGAAGCACAUCCGGCUGGUGUUGUACGGGCUGCUGCUGGGCCAGGAGGGGGGGAGUGAGGUGGAAGAGGUAGACCGGGUCGGUCUGGAGCUCAUCAGUGUCAAGGUGCAACCGCUGGUCCAAGGAGCCGCUCAGAGGCUGAGGCUGGACUCUCUGCCCCAGGCAGACCCCGCUGUGAGGCUGCAGGUGUGUCUGGAGACGCUGGGCGUGGAGGAAGAGACGCUGGAGGGAGUUCCGGCUCACCUGCGCCUCCCAGUGGCUGUGACCCGCUACUGGCUGAGGAGGGCCAGCCCUGAGCCGACGGUCCUCAAAGCUCUGCUGAUGGUUAUGGUCCAAGGAGAACUGAACCGACGGACAGGAGGGACAACAGGCUGGCAGGGAUAUACCAACCACAUCUCUCAGCCUCCAGGUUUUGUCGUGGCUCACAGCCUCAACCAAUGGCAGGCCUGCCUAAGGGACGCCUCCCAGCUCAACCUACUGCUCUGCAAGCCCCUCCCUGAACCCCACUUCGCCUGGUUGUACCAGGGCAGGCUGGUGCACCGGCGGCAGAAGCAGCUCCAGGAGAGAGAGCCGGAGGUGGAAAAUGCCAACUUCAUCAGUCUGUACAGGAGGCUCCUGGGAGCCGUGACCCAGCCAGACCCCGGGGCCAACAGGAGAGCUGGGGGGCCUGAGGCCCAGCUGAGGGCCAGCAUGGAGCACCUUCACCUCAACACCCAGGACGAGGAGGAGCUGGGUGGGGCUGCAGGCCUGGAUCUGGGCUCUGAUUGGCCGAGGGUGUCGGUUAGAACACGCUACAGAACCAAACACAGGAAGGACCGGUCCAGAAACCCAGAACUGGGGAGGAAGCAGGAGAGGGAGGGGUGGGGGUGAGAGGGAAGGGGGGGCUGAUGAGGACCUGUGUUGGGGUAUAUUGUUGAUAUAUUGUUGAUUCUCUUACUUAUGACAAAUGUACUGAUUGUAAGUCACUUUGGAAAAAAAUCGUCAGCUAAAUCCCCUAAAUGUAAAUGUAAUCGUAAUGCCAAUAUGCGAGGAGAGUUGAGAACGGGAUGAGAUCAUUUGACUAAUUUAUUUAACUUCAUAUAAAACCAAACCAAAUAAGAAAA